AUGGCGGAGGAGUUCGCGAAGUUCAAGCGUUUCGAAUACCGCACAAACUCCAACUUGGUGUUGCAGCGAGAAGGUGCGGCUCCCUCACAGAAUGAGCCCACAGGCGAGCCGGAGUCCUUGCGCGGCCGAGUCUAUCAGAAGAUGGGCGACUUGGUGCACUACGACAAGCCCAAGGAGAUCGAAGAGUUCAAGGAGAAGAAGAAGAAGCGCCAAGAGGAGAAGCGAAAAGAGGAGGACGUGGUGAACAAGAAGGCGAAGAUGGACAUCAACAAGGGGGAGACGGUGCUCAGCACGGAUGUGACGGAGAUGCAGAUCUACCGCCCACGAACCGCACAGACCAAAGCGGUCUACGAGAUGCUGCUGAACCGUCUCCAGCAGCCCCUGGGAGAUCAGGCGCCAGACGUCCUGCGAGGUGCCGCAGACGAGGUGCUAGCUGCCAUCAAGACAGAGGGCGUCUUGGACUCCGAGCGGAAGAAGGACGUGGAGGAAGUGCUCGGAUCCAUCACGGACGAGUACUUCGCGGAGCUCUUCAGGCUUGCCAAGCAGAUUACCGACUUCGGUGCAGAUGUCGAGGAUGAAGAGCAGGACGACACCGUGCGAACGAAGGAGGGCUUAGACGACGCCGCGGGUGUUGCUGUCGUUUUCGACGAAGAUGACGAGGAUGAGGGUGGCGACUACAUCCACGAGCUGGGAGACGACGAUGACGAUGAUGACGACGAGGAGGGCGGCAAGAUGGAUGACGACAGGGAUGAUCGGGGCAUCCAUGCCACCCUGCUUGAAGCGGAUGACGAGGAGGAGGAAGCCAAGAAGGAAGACAAGUACAACGUGGACAUCCAGAAGAUUGAUGCCCACUGGCUGCAGCGAGAGCUCGGCAAGAUCUUCCAGGAUCCCAACAAGUGUAUCGCCACCGAGAAGGAGAUCCUGUCGAUUCUUCCGAUCAAAGACCUGCAGCAGUGUGAGAACAGGCUCGUGCAGGUGCUGCAGUACGAGAACUUCGAGUUCACGAAGCUGCUGCUGAAGAACAGACUGAAGAUCCUGUACUGCACCCGCCUGGGUCAGGCGCAGACCGAGGAGGACAAGACGGCCGUGCUCGAAGACAUGCGCAACACCCCCGAGGCCCAGGCGGUCCUGGAGGAGCUGGACAAGGCCUCAAAGAAGCGGGAUCGCGAGCGCGACAUCAACAGGGAUCUGCGAAAGGAGGUGCGACAGCUGCAGCUUCGAGGUGCUCGCGAGAAGGAGCGAGGCAUGGACGACGAAGGCCAAGCGCUGGGUGGCAGGGGCCGCGCCAGGGUGGCGGAGGAACAGCAGAAGAAGCCCUCGCACAUGCUGGACUUGGACAGCUUGUCCUUCGGACGGGGCAGCCACUUCAUGGCCAACGCAAAGUGCCAGCUGCCAACAGGGUCCUUCCGUGUGCAGAAGAAGGGCUACGAGGAAGUCCACGUCAAGCCUUUCAAGCAUCCCGACAUCGCCCCAGACGACCUGAUCCCGCUGUCGAAGCUCCCGACGUGGUGCCAGGAAGCCUUCCCGGGAGCCACAAAGUUGAACACGGUGCAGAGCAAGGUGUUCCCCACGGCCUUCCAUGAGCACAAUGAGAACAUGCUGGUCUGCGCGCCCACUGGCAGUGGGAAGACCAACGUGGCCAUGCUCACGAUCCUGAAUGUCAUGAACCAGUUCCGGUUGAAGGACGGAUCCUUCGACCUGGCGGGCUUCAAGAUUGUCUACAUUGCGCCCAUGAAGGCACUGGUGCAGGAGGUGGUCCAGAGUUUCACACAGCGCUUGGAGAAAGCCUACGGGGUCACAAUCCGCGAGCUCAGUGGUGACGUCAACCUCACGAAGGCACAGAUAGAUGAGACGCAGAUCAUCGUUACCACGCCCGAGAAGUGGGACAUCAUCACGCGCAAGGCGGGCGACCAGCGUGCAUAUACGCAGCUCGUGCGCCUCGUCAUCAUCGACGAGAUCCACUUGCUCCACGACAGCCGUGGACCGGUGCUCGAGGCGAUCGUGGCCCGAACCAUCCGGCAAAUCGAGACCACUCAGGAGCACAUCCGGCUCGUCGGCCUGUCGGCGACGCUGCCCAACUAUGAAGACGUUGCCAUCUUCCUGCGGGUUAACCCAGAGAAGGGCCUUCACUACUUUGGGAAUCACUACCGGCCGGUGCCCUUGGAGCAGACCUACAUUGGUGUCACGGACAAGAAGGCCAUCAAGCGGUUCAACACCAUGAAUGAGGUGUGCUAUGAGAAGCUGAUGGAGAACGCCGGAAAGAAUCAGGUUCUCAUCUUCGUCCAUUCCCGCAAGGAGACAGUCAAGACGGCGCAGACCCUGCGAGACCUGGCGAUGCAAAACGACACCCUGGCCAAGUUCUUGCAGGAGGAUUCAGCAUCCCGAGAGAUUUUGCAGACAGAGGCUCAGCAGAUGAAGACGCCAGAGGUGCAGGACCUGCUGCCCUACGGCUUCGCCGUGCACCACGCCGGACUUCCGAGGGCCGACAGAAAGCUGGUGGAGGACUUGUACGCCGAUCGCCACAUCCAAGUCCUCGUGUCCACAGCCACCCUGGCGUGGGGCGUCAACUUGCCUGCCCACACGGUGAUCAUCAAGGGCACACAGGUCUACAACCCUCAGAAGGGCCAGUGGGACGAGCUGUCUCCCAUGGACAUGAUGCAGAUGCUGGGUAGGUCGGGCCGACCACAGUACGACAAGACGGGCCACGGCAUCGUGAUCACGCAGCACAGCGAGCUUCAGUAUUACUUGUCGCUGAUGAAUCAGCAGCUGCCGAUUGAGUCACAGGUGCUCAGCAUCCUGCCGGACAUGGUGAAUGCUGAGCUGGUGCUGGGAACCAUCCAGACGCGGCAGGAUGCUGUGAAUUGGCUGGGCUACACCUACCUCUAUGUGCGAAUGAUGCGUGCUCCCAGGCUCUAUGGCAUCUCCCCGGAUGAGGCCGAGGAGGAUCGGUUGCUGGAGCAGAGGCGAGUGGAUCUGAUCCACAGCGCCUUAACCUUGCUGGACAAGAACAACCUGAUCAAGUACGACAAGCGCACGGGCCAGGUGCAGGUCACGGCCCUCGGGCGUGUCGCAAGCCACUACUACAUUCAGCACCCAUCCAUCGCCACCUACAACGACCAUUUGCGGCCGAUGAUGUCUGACAUCGAGCUGCUGCGUCUUUUCUCGCUGUCUCACGAGUUCAAGUACAUCCCGGUGAGAGAGGAGGAGAAGGUGGAAAUGCAGAAGCUGGUGGAGCGCGUGCCAGUUCCUGUGAAGGGCAGCACAGACGAACCUUCCAGCAAGGUCAAUGUGCUACUCCAGGCCUACAUCUCGAAGCUGAAGUUGGAGGGCUUCGCGCUGAUGUCCGACAUGGUCUACGUCCAGCAGUCGGCGGGCCGAAUCAUGCGCGCCAUCUUCGAGAUCUGCUUGCGGCGAGGCUGGGCCGCCUUGGCUCUCAGGGCCCUGAACUGGUGCAAGAUGAUCGACAAGAGGAUGUGGGCAAGCCAGACGCCCCUGAGACACUUCAAGGGCCUGGCCGAGGAUAUCCUCAGGAAGGUGGAGAAGAAGGACUUCGCAUGGGAGCGCUACUACGACCUGUCGAGUGCAGAGAUCGGAGAGCUGAUCCGAUUCCCGAAGAUGGGCAAGACGAUCCACAAGCUUGUGCACCAGUUCCCCAAGCUGGACCUGAGCGCCUAUGUGCAGCCAAUUACACGCUCCUGCCUCAUGGUGGAGCUGACCAUCACCCCCGACUUCCAGUGGGACCCCAAAGUACACGGCCGCGCCGAGCCUUUCUGGGUCUUCGUGGAGGAUGUGAAUGGCGAGCAGAUCCUUCACCAGGAGAUGUUCGUGCUGCAAGAGCGAGGUGCUGAGGAAGAGCAUACGCUGAACUUCACUGUGCCUAUCACAGAGCCGCUGCCGCCGCAGUACUUCAUUCGGGUCGUCUCCGACAGAUGGAUCAAUGCACAGACGUUGCUGCCAGUGUCUUUCCGGCAUUUGAUCUUGCCGGACAAGUACCCGCCGCACACGGAGCUGCUUGACCUGCAGCCGCUGCCACUGACAGCCCUGCGAUGCCCCGAUGCAGAGAAGCUCUAUGCCGCACAGGGGCUGAAGGUCUUCAACCCCAUUCAGACUCAGACUUUCAGCAUGCUCUAUGCCAGCAACGACAACGUUCUGGUCUGCGCGCCCGCGGCGAGUGGCAAGAUUAUUUGUGCUGAGUUUGCCGUUCUCAAGAUGCUGACCUCAGAUGAUCCUGUCAAGCGCUGCGUCUACGUGGCACCCCACGCCUCCACCGCGCGGGAGCGCUUCAACGAGUGGUCUUUCAAGUUUGGCAAGACCAUGGGCUACAAGGUCGCCGAGCUGCAGGGCGAGACCACCAGCGACGUCAAGAUCUUAGAAGACUCCCACGUCAUCAUCACUACCCCAGAGAAGUGGGACUUGAUCAGCCGAAGGUGGAAGACCCGGAAGAGUGUGCAGGAGGUGCGGCUCUUUGUGGUGGAUGAGCUGCACUUGCUGGACAGCGACGUGGGGCCCACACUGGAGGCGGUGGUCAGCCGCAUGCGCUACAUCUCCGUUCAGGUUCAGCAGCCCAUCCGAAUCGUGGCCUUGGCAGCCUCUUUGGCUAACGCCAAGGAUGUGGGUGAAUGGAUCGGUGCUGGCAGCAACGGCCUCUUCAACUUCUCGCCGAAUGUGCGAACAGUGCCUCUGGAGCUCGUCAUCCAGGGCUUCGACAUCCACCAUCGGUCGACGCGGUUGCUGGCCAUGAGCCGACCGGUGUAUCAGUCCAUCAAGCACUACUCGCCCGAGAAGCCAGUGAUCGUUUUCGUUCCUGAUCGAAAGCAGGCACGAAUGACGGCCAUCGACUUGCUGCUGCACGCUGCAUCCGAUGACAAGCCGAAGAGAUUCCUGCAUGUCUCUGAUGACGCCAUGCGGCCACACCUGGCAGCCGCCCGGGAGAAGUCUUUGAAGCAGACUCUGGAGUACGGCGUGGGCUUCCUGCAUGAGGGCUUCAGUCACACGGAGCGGGCCGUCAUCGAGCGCUUGUUCGAGGCGGGUGCGAUCCAGGUCUUGGUGGCCACGGAGCAGCUAUGCUGGGGCAUGACGAUGCUGGCACAUCUCGUGGUCAUCAUGGACACCAAGAAGUUCGACGGUCGAGAGAACAGAUACGUCGACUAUCCCAUCCACGACGUGCUGCAGAUGAUGGGACGAGCAAGCCGACCUGGGAUAGAUCAGUCCGGAAUGGUCGUCUUGCUGACCCAGAACUCCAAGAAGGAGUAUUACAAGAAGUUCAUCUACGAGCCGCUGCCGGUCGAGAGCCACCUUGACCAGCGCAUGGCAGACCACAUGAACGCGGAGAUCGUCAUGAAGACCAUCGAGAACAAGCAGGAUGCAGUAGACUGGCUGACCUGGACCUUCUACUACCGCCGCCUAUCUCAGAAUCCGAACUACUAUGGUCUGCAGGGCGUCACCCACCAGCACCUGAGUGAUCAUCUCUCGGAGGUGGUGGAGAACACCGUGGAGGGCCUGGAGCGCUUCGGCUGCUGCAGCAUCGAGGAUGAUGUUGAUCUGGCACCGGCGAAUCUGGGUCUCAUUGGUGCGUACUACUACAUUCGGCACACGACCAUCGAGACCUUCUCCCGCUGCGUCAACGAGAACACCAAGCGCAAGGGCCUGCUGGACAUCCUCUGCGCGGCCUCCGAGUUCGACGCGGUGCCGGUGCGAUCAGGCGAAGAGGCCACCUUGUAUGGCUUGGCGCAGUCGCUGGGCAUGAAGGUUGACAAAGACAAGCUGAACGACCCGCACACGAAGGCGCAGCUGCUCCUGAACGCGCACUUUACCCGCAGCCCGAUCACCACGGACUUGUCCUCCGACCAGAAGUUCAUCUUGGAGCACUCCGUUCGCUUGUUGCAGGGCUUGGUGGAUGUGAUUUCUUCCUGUGGCUGGCUGACCCCGGCACUGUCUGCCAUGGAGUUGUCGCAGAUGGUUGUGCAAGCUACAACCUCCACGUCUAGUCCGCUCAUGCAGCUGCCCCACUUCACACCCGCGAUGGUGGACAAAGCCAAGAAGCUGAAGGUCGAAGACAUCUUCGAUGUCAUGGGCAUGGACGAUGCCCCGCGCGAGAAGCUGCUCGACGGUCUGUCUCAGUCGCAGCUCGCGGAUGUCGCCAGAGCCUGCAAUCGCUUCCCUGGCAUUGCCCUGGAGUACAAGGUGCAGAACUCCGAUGCGCUGACCGCAGGCGGCAGCGCGAAGAUCUCGGUGAAGCUUUCCCGGGAGGCCAUGGAGGAAGAAGGUGCCACCGUCGGCCCCGUCUACGCCAUGUACUACCCCAAGGAGAAGGAAGAGAUCUGGUGGCUGGUGGUCGGUGGCCCGAAGAGUGCACUGGUCGCGAUCAAGCGAAUCACCAUUAGCAAGGCCGUUGCAAAUGUCAAGCUGGAGAUCGAGCUUGGUGAAGAUGCCGGCGCCUUCGACUACACCCUCUACCUCAUGUCGGACUCUUACCAGGGCUGCGACCAGGAGUACAACUUCAAGCUCAACGUGAAGGCGGCCCCGUGA